GCCUCGCGGCCCUGGCUGGUGCUGGCCGUGGCCGUGGCCGUGGCCGGGGGGCUCUCGGCCGGGCUGGUGACCCUGCGGCUCACCACGGACCCCGUGGAGCUGUGGUCGGCCCCGGAGAGCCGCGCCCGGCAGGAGAAGGAGUUCCACGACCGCCACUUCGGGCCCUUCCUGCGCACCAACCAGGUGAUCGUGACGGCGCCGGGGCGCCCCGGCCUCACCUACGACUCGGUGCUGUUCGGCUCCAGGAAUUUCAGCGGGGUCCUGGCCGAGGACGUGCUGCGGGCGCUGCUGGAGCUGCAGGAGACGCUGGCGGCCACCACGGCCUGGGCAGAGGGCUCGGGCAGGAACGUGAGCCUGCAGGAUGUGUGCUACGCGCCGCUGAACCCCGGGCAGCCCGGCGUGGGGGACUGCGCCGUGUCCAGCGUCACGCAGUACUUCCAGAACAACCGCAGCCGCCUGGAGCUCACCGCCCCCGAGGAGGACGGCAAGGAGCGGGGCACGGUGGACUGGCACGAUCACCUCAUCUACUGCGUCAACUCCCCGCUCUCGUUCAAGGACAUCACGGCGCUGGAGCUGAGCUGCAUGGCCGAGUACGGCGGGCCCGUCUUCCCCUACAUCGCCCUGGGCGGCUACCGCGAGUCGGAGUACACGGAGGCCGAGGCGCUGAUCGUCACCUACUCGCUGAACAACUUCCCGCGGGGGGACCCGCGCCUCGAGUGGGCGCUGAGCUGGGAGCGCCGCUUCCUCCAGGUGGUGCGCGACUUCCAGCGCCAGCACCGCCACAACCUCUCGGUCACCUUCAUGGCCGAGGUGCGGCCCCUGCUGUCACCUGUGUCCCCUCUGUGUCCCCUCUGUGCCCUCCGUGUCCCCUCUGUGCCCUCCGUGUCCAUUCCGUGCCCCCAGGUGGAGUCGAAGGUGACGCUGGCGCUCGGUGGCAUCGCCGUGGUGCUGGGGGCCGUGCUGGCCUCCAUGGGGCUGCUGUCGCUGCUGGGGCUGCCCUCGUCCCUCAUCAUCCUCGAGGUCGUGCCCUUCCUCGUGCUGGCCGUGGGCGCCGACAACAUCUUCAUCUUCGUGCAGGAGCUGCAGCAGUCGCAGCGGGAGCCGGGCGAGACGCGGGAGCAGCAGCUGGGGCGGGUGCUGGCCCAGGUGGCCCCCAGCAUGCUGCUCUGCAGCCUCUCCGAGAGCGUCUGCUUCCUCCUCGCCGUGUCACGUGGCCGUCCCCAGGACUCGUACCUGCUCCAGUACUUCUCGGACCUGAACCAGUACCUGGCCGUGGGUGUCCCCACCUACUUUGUCACCACCGGUGGCUUCGACUUCUCCUCCCCGAACGGCACCAACGCCAUCUGCUCCAGCGCCGGCUGCGACGACGACUCGCUCACGCAGACCAUCCAGAUGGCCACGCGCUUCCCCAACGUGUCCUACCUGGCCAUCCCGGCCACCUCGUGGGUGGACGAUUUCCUGGACUGGCUGAACCCCAUGGGGCCGUGCUGCCGCGUCUACCAGUGUGAGGAGCUCCAGGGCGAGUUCUGCCCCGCCACCGGCAGUGAGUGCGGGGCACGGGGGCUACUCCGUGGUGGCCGCUGUGUGCCCACCAUGGUGGUCCUUGGGUGGCCAUUGCAUGCCCACCGUGGUGGCCAUUGUGUGCCCACCGUGGUGGUCCUUGGGUGGCUAUUGGGUGCCCAUCAUGGUGGUCCUUGGGUGGCCAUUGCGUGCCCACCGUGGUGGCCAUUGGGUGCCCAUCAUGGUGGUCCUUGGGUGGCCAUUGCGUGCCCACCGUGGUGGUCCUUGGGUGCCCACCGUGGGGGUCCUUGGGUGGCCAUUGUGUGCCCACCAUGGUGGCCAGUGGGUGGCCAUUGCAUGCCCACCGUGGUGGUCCUGGCGAUCCAUUCAGUGACCAUUGAUGGGGACCAUUGGGUGCCCACCAUGGUGGUCCUUGGGUGUCUGUUGGGUGCCCAUCAUGGUGGCCAUUGGGUGGCCAUUGGGUGCCCACUGUGCCACAGUGGCCUGGGCGCCUACGACACCGCAGUGAGCAUGGACGCCAACGGCACCAUCCUGGCGUCCCGGUUCAUGGCGUACCAGCGGCCGCUGCGAACAUCUCAGGAUUUCACCGCCGCGCUGCGCUCCGCCCGCGCCCUGGCCGAGCGCAUCACCCGCACCCUGCGCAGGGUGCCCGGCACCGACCCCGCCUUCCGCGUCUUCCCCUACACUGGGUCGGGCCCCGGUGGGGGUGGGCAGUUUAAGGGUGCCCAUCCUGGGGGGGUGGCUCUGGGGACACGGGGUGGCUCUGGGGGUGACAUUCCGGUGUCCCCACAGGCCGUGGGCAUCUCGGUGGAGUUCGUGUCCCACAUCACCUGCGCCUUCGCCCGCAGCCGCCAGCCCACGCGGGUGGCACGAGCCACUGAGGCCACUGUCACCAUGGGCAGCAAGGUGGUGGCGGGGGUGGCCAUGACCAACCUGCCGGGCGUGGUGGUGCUGGCGUUCGCCAAAGCGCGGCUGAUCCAGAUCUUCUUCUUCCGCCUCAACCUCAUCAUCACCCUG